UAAAGCUUUCUCCUGCUCUUGUCUCUUCUUGUUUAAAAAAGUGUUCUGUGAUGGCGACAUCUUCAGAUGGUUUAUUCAACGACAUGAACUUCUUGGGAGUGAUUGGAUAUGUCUUAGAGCAGACAAGAUUCAUCUUCCUCGUACCGAUUCUGAAUGUCUUGGUGAAUCUUUGUCAGGUCAUCUCUUUGUUGUUGUUUAUAGAUGCAUCUUACAUGGCUAUGGUUGUAGCCAUUGUCAAAUUACGUGGACGAACGCCUGAGAAAAUUCUCAGAUGGGAAUCUUUUAAGAGUGAUGACGUUGAGUUAGCUCCUUCCAGUAAUCAUCCAAUGGUUCUCAUCCAAAUCCCAAUCUACAACGAAAAAGAGGUGUGCCAACUUUCUAUAGGAGCAGUUUGCAAGCUAUCAUGGCCAUUGGAUAGGAUGAUUGUUCAAGUGCUAGAUGACUCAACUGAUCCACACAGUAAGGAACUGGUUAGAUUAGAGUGUAAGAAAUGGGCGAGUGAAGGUAUAAACAUAAAGUCAGAGGUUAGAGACAGUAGAAACGGGUACAAAGCAGGAGCUCUCACUGCAGGGAUGAAACAUAGUUAUGUGGAAGGAUGCGAGUUUGUUGCUAUAUUCGAUGCAGAUUUUCAACCUGAAUCUGAUUUUCUUGAACGUACUGUUCCUUUUCUUGCACACAACUCUGAGUUAGCUCUUGUACAAGCAGGCUGGAAAUAUGUGAAUGCAGAUGAGUGUUGUAUGACAAGAAUACAAGAGAUGUCUCUUAACUACCAUUUUGCUGUGGAGCAAAAGUCUGGAUCCUCCCUACAUGGGUUCUUUGGAUUCAACGGUACUGCUGGUGUGUGGAGAAUCUCAGCUUUGAAUGAGGCUGGUGGAUGGCAGGACCGGACGAUUGUUGAGGACAUGGAUUUAGCAGUUAGGGCUUACUUAAACGGCUGGAAGUUUGUGUUUGUUGACAACAUUAAGGUGAGCAACGAGCUGCCAAGCUCGUUUAGAGCAUAUAGGUAUCAACAACAUCGUUGGUCUUGUGGUCCAGCAAACCUCUUCAAGAAAAUGGCCAUGGAGAUAAUCCAAAAAGAGAAUGUGUCUUUAUGGAAGAAGGCUUAUUUGAUAUACAACUUCUUCUUUGUGAGGAAGAUUGUUGUACACAUCUUCACAUUCGUCUUCUACUGUCUGAUCCUGCCUGCUACAGUUAUAUUUCCUGAAAUAGAAGUCCCUAAAUGGACAACUAUCUACAUUCCAGCAACCAUCACUAUCCUCAACGCUAUUGCAACACCAAAAUCUUUCUACCUAAUACUGUAUUGGAUCUUGUUUGAGAACGUUAUGGCAAUGCAUAGGAGUAAAGGAACUCUCAUUGGAUUGCUAGAGACUAGUAGAGUUAAAGAAUGGGUUGUGACACAGAAGCUAGGAGAGUAUAACACUCUUAGGGAAAACCUAAUUACUCACUACAGCUUCCCUGAAAGACUCAGAUGGCGAGAGAUAAUGGUUGGGAUGUAUCUAUUCAUAUGUGGAUACUAUGACUUUGUGUUUGGGAAGACAUACCUUUAUGUAUACCUUUUCUUGCAGUCCACGGCUUUCUUUAUUGUUGGAGUUGGUUAUAUUGGUAUGCCGGUUCCUAGUUGAUCAUCACUGACACGUUUUAACUUCUUCUUUGUCUUCUGCUACACAUUCAUUCUUACAAAAGGGUCGAUUGUAUAGAGAUUUGAAGAUGUGGUUUUGUCAUCAGGUUAUACAGUUUUAUUGAAAGAUUCUUUGUCGCAUAAAUAAAGA